GCAGCGAGUGAGUGAGCCAGGCAGUAUCAAUCGUCAAGGAAACGUCGCUCCCCAGCUAACAUUGAUUUCGGGGAGGAGGAGACACGAACGGACCGGACCGAACUGCACCGGCCGGCGGUUGGUUGCUGCUACGAGGCCAGAAUGAGCCGCUCAACACGGUCGACUUGACACUACCGCUGUGAGCACACUUGUUGAGGAUGGUACUGUGGCUCCCCCUGGUGGUGACUGUCCGCGUGGACCUGCUUCUGGUCUUGGUGUCUCUCCUCGCCUUCUGGACCCGGGUGCACCGCAUUGCGCACCCCAACGCCGUUGUCUUUGAUGAAGUUUACUACGGCCAAUUUGUGUCUCUUUACAUGAAGAGGAUUUUCUUUAUUGAUGACAGCGGACCGCCACUUGGUCACAUGAUCCUGGCCUUGGGGGCCUACUUGGGAGGAUUUGAUGGAAACUUCACAUGGAACCGAAUAGGAGCAGAGUACCCAUGCGGUGUAAGCGUGUGGAGUCUGCGUGUCCUCCCGGCAGUGUGCGGAGCGUUGUGCAUUCCUCUGGCAUAUUGCGUGACUCUGGAGUUGGGCUUUGGUCACAUGUCAGCGUUUGGAGCAGCGCUGCUGCUUUUGCUAGACAACGCUCUAAUUGUCCAAUCGCGGCUGAUGCUGCUGGAGUCAAUCCUGAUUUUUUUCAUCCUCUUGUCCUUCCUGUCGUACCUGCGCUUCUACCGUGCCAGCAGCAGCUGGCCUGUCAGAUACAGUUGGCUCCUCCUCUCCGGAACGUCCUGCGCUGCCGCCAUCGGGGUGAAGUACAUGGGCGCCUUCUCCUACCUACUGCUAGUAGGCGUGGCCUGUGUGCACUGCUGGAAGAUGAUUAGUGACACUCGUGUGAGCGGCGUGAGUGUGUUUUUUGAGUGUGUGUGUCGUGGUGUGUGUCUGCUGGUGCUUCCUGCCGUGCUGUACGUUCUCUGCUUCUAUCUGCACCUUACUCUUCUGCACCGCACUGGACCACAUGACCAGCUGAUGAGCCCCGCCUUCCAAGCCAGCCUUGAGGGAGGUCUGUCACGGAUCACGCAAGGUCAGCCCCUGGAGGUUGCGUAUGGUAGUCAGGUGACUUUGAGAAGCUCUGCCUCCCAGCCUAUCCCGUGCUGGCUGCAUUCUCACAAAGCCAACUAUCCAAUCAGGUAUGAGAACGGUCGCGGCAGCUCUCAUCAGCAGCAGGUGACCUGUUACGCAUUCAAGGACGUCAACAACUGGUGGAUCGUCAAGAACGCUGACAAGGCCGACCUCGCCGUUGGCCAUCCUCCUCGUACAGUGCGUCACGGCGACAUGGUCCAGCUGCUUCACGGAAUGACAUUGCGAUUUCUCAACAGCCAUGACGUCGCAGCCCCUGUCAGCCCCCAUGCCCAAGAAGUGUCGGGCUACAUCGACUUCAAUGUGUCCAUGCCCGCCCAAAACCUUUGGAGAGUGGACAUUGUGAACCGUGAGGAUGAUUCCGAGGUGUGGAAGACGAUCUUGUCAGAGGUUCGCUUGGUUCAUGUCAACACGUCAGCAGUCCUCAAGUUGAGUGGCUUGUCGCUUCCAGACUGGGCGUCAGGUCAGAUGGAGGUUGUCGCAGAGAAGAUUAAAGGUCACAGCAGUGGAGUGACAUGGACAGUGGAGGAGCACAGAUAUGGGACCAGUGAGGAGCAGAAGGACAGGGAGGCGGAGCUUCAUUCCCCCACGCACAUUGACGUGAACAGGAAGAUUUCUCUGUGGUCGAAGUUUCUGGAGGUUCAGUGGAGGAUGCUGACGGUGAAACAGGAAGACAAUGAGCACAAAUAUAGCUCCACCCCUUUGGACUGGCUCACCAUGGAAACAAACAUCGCCUACUGGCUCCACCCUUCCACCAACGCUCAGAUCCAUCUGAUUGGUAAUCCAGCAUCAUGGGGUGUGUCUCACCUCUGCCUCCUGGUCUAUCACGUCAUGGCAGCCAUCUACCUGCUGAGGAGGAGGCGGGGCAUCAAAGAUUUACCAGAUGCUGCGUGGGAGCGCUUCGUAUCGCUGGGCGUAUUGUGCGGUGGCGGCUGGUUGUUGAACUUCGUUCCGUUCGUGUUGAUGGAAAAACAUCUGUUCCUGUACCACUACCUGCCUGCACUCAUCUUUCUACACUUGCUCAGCGCCACCCUGCUGGAGCAUGUGUACACACACUUGCUCAGCAAGGACGUACACCGCCGUGUGUUGCUGGUGUGUGUUUUUGUCAUGUUGGCGUGUGUCUUCCUGUCCUACCACGCCUUCAGCCCUUUGACCUUUGGGAGCCCAGAGCUGUCGGCCAGUCAGUUGCGAGCGCUCAAGUGGAGGAGCUCCUGGGACAUCUUGUAUCGACGCCGCUAGACUCUUCCACUCAGUGAUAUCAGGCCUUGUGAAUGGACAGUGCUUCCGAAGUCGUCACAUAUCGUCACUUUUAACAAACAAUAAAUUUCAAGUUUAUUUUUUA